GCGUCGGAUGCAUCGAAAAUGUCAACAUCAUGCCGGCGUCUUCCGGAGAAACAGAAACUGACGAGGGACUGACUGUCAGACAACAAAGAGAUCGAGGAAAUCUGUCGUCUCGUAACAUUGUGUCUGUAAUAUCUCAGUUUGCAGAUGAUAAUUUAACACUUGUGCGGAACAUAAGCACAGGACUGGCCGUUGCUGGUGUCAUUGUAAUUGCAAGGAGUAUCAAACUGCUCACCAAAUUUCAAGCCGCGUCUGAGAUCCCUGCUCGUUUUAUUGAGAGGAACGUCAGCCUUCGUGGGAAAGUUCAUUCAAUCACAGAGAGAGGACUUGAAGUGGAACAUGUCCCAAUUUAUCUGCCAGUCGUCUCUCCGUUUCUUUCUCAACACAAAGGUGGGUGCAGGUCACCAAUGCUGGUGCAUCUUGCAGGAGUGGAGUUGACUCCAGAGGGCAGGGUAUGGCUGCAGAAGAACUUGGCUCCUGCCCAAACAGUCUGGCUAAAACUUAUCAGCCGAGAAGACGACAUGCUACACUGUUUGGUGUCUCAAAGCAGGCAGGGGUCGAUGUGGAGCUACUGUAUCAACGAAGAGGUCCUCAGGCUCGGUCUGGCUCACGCUGCGCCCGUGGUCGGGGUCCUGCCUGACUCUAGCCUCUACUGGCGUCUCCUCAAACGGCUGCACAGGGCAGAGGUCAAGGCUGAGAGGAAGGGGCGGGGACUGUGGAAGCAGGACAGCCUAUGGGAGAGAGCCUCAAAGGUUGUCAGAGACAACGCUUUAUUCAGACUGAUGAGGAGGAUCUUUAAGAAGACCUGAGACUGAUCGUUCCAAGACAGAGUUGUUUAGUUAAGAUGUGACAGCACAUGAUCUGCCUCAUUUAUUCUGUAUACCUGUGAUAUCUUGACACAAAAGGAGCUUAACAAUCUUAUCACAGUCUUUAAAAAGUGCCAUCCAUCACUAAUCUGUUAUGUAUGAUAGAUGUGCCUAUCAAGUCAAUGAAAACAGCUGGAUUCCCCUGAUCUUACAAAGAAACCUCUAGUUUUGUGUUUUUAUUUCUGCUGUUUCACAGAAGUUUGAAAUGAUUAAAACACAUUUCAAACCCUACUAAUCCUUUGGCUUUCACUUACCCCAUCAGACCACAGCUUAGCACAGCCUCCUCUGUAGCAGUGUCUGUGUGUGUGUGUGUGUGUGUGUGGGACUCCCUACUAAUCACUAAACGAAUGUGGGGUAUGUUAAUGGUUUUCAAAAUGCAGAGGGGGGUCCCUCUCACUGUUGCUAUAGAAACACCAAAUGUGAAAUACAAAGCAAAGGCUAAACUCUAUAUGGGAGCCUUGCAUGUUGUGCGGCUGUGUGGGGAUCUUAAGGUACCUACACAGAGGGCCCUUUUAGCCGUAACGUGAUCAAGACAUUUGACUCCUUAAAUGGAACAGAAACGAGACCCAGCCUGUAAACUGCCUUGAUUUCACGUGGUGUCAUUAUAGCAAUGAAUGAAGAACCCUUUUGAAGAAUAAGCCCCAAAGCAAAUGUCAUGUAUUUCUAGGAUUGUGCUCAUGUGCUUGUCUUUAAUGUUUGCAAUACAAGUCCACUGCCAAAAUUGCACCUUGUGCUGUGGUUGCUAUCCAUGCUUC